AUGGAGGAGAAGAUCUGUAAAGGAAAGAGGAAGCUCAAGAAAGACAGGGAAGGAGGAGCAUCAAAGCUUGUAGAAAAGUCUCACUCACCUUUUCCAUGGUGGGACAAAAGGGAAGCAGUGAGCCAUUAUCAGACAACCAACAAAGCGGAGGGGAAGGAUGAGCAGCACCAGGAAGACUGCAGAGCCAAAAAAUGCGACGGAAAGAAGGGAAGACCACAGAUUCCGCCAACCUCCCUCAUCGGAGCCUUGCACAGAGCCGAAGUUUAG